UGUGAAAAAUCGAUUCUUUUUCUUUCUUCUCCAAUCAUGGAGUCUUCUUCAACCGACGUUAUUCCUAAAAAAUCAUCCAAAAAAUCAGUUCCUAAAAAAUCAGUUCUUAAAAAAUCGGUUCCUAAAAAAACAAUUCCUAAAAAAACAAUUCCAAUGAAAAGAACUACUUCUCAUAGUCCAAAGUCUUCUCACACGACCAUGGAAUCUAUUUCGACCUACGAGAUCGAUGAGACCAAUAAUCCUCCUAAACGAAGAAAGAAAAAAAAUUCUCGUCCAAGAAUCAAGAAAUGGAAAUCUUCUAAACGACAUCCGAUCCUCUCUUUUCCUCCCGAAUUAUUUAUUAACAUCUUUUAUUUCUGCGAUCCGCAAACUUUACUUUCUCUUUCAAAAGUUUGUAGACAAUUUGCGAUGUACUUAAAUUCACCUGAUUCUUCGAUCACUACUAAAAUUUGGAAGGAUUCAAGAAAAGGAUUUUUAAGUGAUUUGAAAUUGGAUCCGCCUGAAGGUAUGACCGAAAAAGAAUAUUGCAAAUUGUUUGUCGAACGUGGCUGUAUGAUUUGUGGUCAACCUAGAGUCAGAAAAGUAUACUGGGCUUUUAGAGUGAGGUGCUGUGUCAAUUGUUUAGAUAAAAUUACUAUUAGCGACUAUCGAAUCGAUAGUGAAAUGGGUGUCCCAUCCUGUGUUUUACUCGGUCUUCCGUAUGUCCCACAACAAAAAUGGGCCAAGAGAAGAGGGUCAUUCAUAGUGAAAGCCUAUUCAGUGAAACAAAUUAAGAAGGCUUAUAAGGAAUAUAAAAAGUUGCCUGCGAAAGAACGUAAAGAUUGGUGCCAAAGAAUGAAAAUUCGAGGGAUCGGGAUCAUGAAAGAGGUUACUCAAC